AUGCUUGCCCCGCAGAUGCCCCAGCUCCUGUCCCCAACGGUGAUCCUGGCACUCUUUUUCCUUCCCCAGGCACGGCCGGCCGGCGUCUUCGAGCUGCAGAUCCACUCUUUCGGGCCGGGACUAGGCCCGGGGGCUCCGCAGUCCCCUCGCAAGGCCAGGGGCCCCUGCCGCCUCUUCUUCAGGGUCUGCCUGAAGCCAGGGGUCUCCGAGGAGGCCGCCGAGUCUCCAUGCACCCUGGGCGCGGCGCUGAGCGCGCGCGGACCGGUCUAUACUGCGCAGCCCGGAGAGCCAGCGCCUGACCUGCCGCUGCCCGACGGCCUCCUGCGCGUGCCCUUCCGGGACAGCUGGCCGGGCAUCUUCUCUCUCAUCAUUGAAACCUGGAGAGAGGAGUUAGGAGAACAGAUUGGAGGGCCCGCCUGGAGCCUGCUGGCGCGGGUGGCUGGCCGGCGUCACCUGGCGGCCGGGGGCCCUUGGGCCCGAGACGUGCAGCGCGCAGGCGCCUGGGAGCUCCGCUUCUCGUACCGCGCGCGCUGCGAGCCACCGACCGUCGGGGCCGCGUGCGCGCGCCUCUGCCGUUCGCGCAGCGCCCCCUCACGGUGCGGACCGGGACUGCACCCCUGCGCGCCGGUUGAGGACGAGUGCGAGACACCGCCAGCAUGUCGAGCAGGCUGCAGCCCCGAUCACGGCUUCUGUGAGCAGCCCGAUGAAUGUCAAUGUCUGGAGGGCUGGACUGGGCCCCUCUGCACAAUCCCUGUCUCCACCACCAGCUGCCUCAGCCCCAGGGGUCCAUCCUCUGCCACUGAUGGAUGCCUCGUACCUGGGCCCGGGCCCUGUGAUGGGAACCCGUGUGCCAACGGGGGCAGCUGUAGUGAGACACUGGGGUCCUUCGAAUGCACCUGUCCCCGUGGGUUCUACGGGUUGCGGUGUGAGGUGAGCGGGGUGACAUGUGCGGAUGGACCUUGCUUCAACGGUGGCUUGUGUGUGGGAGGCGCAGACCCCGAUUCUGCCUACAUCUGCCACUGCCCACCGGGUUUCCAAGGCUCCAACUGUGAGAAGAGGGUGGACCGGUGCAGCUUGCAGCCAUGCCGGAAUGGCGGGAUCUGCCUGGAUCUGGGCCACGCCUUGCGCUGCCGCUGCCGUGCCGGCUUCGCGGGGCCGCGCUGCGAGCACGACCUGGACGACUGCGCCGGCCGCGCCUGCGCCAACGGCGGCACGUGCUUGGAGGGCGGCGGCGCGCGCCGCUGCUCCUGCGCGCUGGGCUUCGGCGGCCGCGACUGUCGCGAGCGCGCCGACCCAUGCGCUGCGCGCCCCUGCGCCCACGGCGGCCGCUGCUACGCUCACUUCUCCGGCCUCGUCUGCGCCUGCGCGCCCGGCUACAUGGGCACGCGGUGCGAAUUCCAGGUUCACCCCGACGACGCGGACGGCGGCGCAGGCGCACUGCCCGCGGCCCCCUCGGGCCCAAGGCGUGGGGACUCGCAGCUCUUCUUUUUGCCGCCGGCUUUGGGACUGCUGGUGGCCGCUGGUUUGGCGGGCGCUGCGCUCUUGCUGGUUCACGUGCGACGCCGUGGCCCUGGCCGAGAUACUGGGUCUCGCUUGCUGGCGGGGACCCCGGAGCCAUCUGUCCAAUUGCUCCCUGAUGCACUGAACAACAUGAGGACGCCCGAGGGGUCCGGGGAUGGCCCAAGCCCGUCCUCAGAUUGGACUCGCCCUGAAGAUGGAGACUCUCGUUCGAUUUACGUCGUAUCUGCUCCUUCGAUAUAUGCCCGGGAGGCCUAACCUGCCCCUUCUCUAUCAGCACCUGGAGACAGAACCUGGAUACUUUUGUAUUCUCUGCUUCAGACACUUUGGAGUUCAAGCUGGAAGGGGUGACUGGGAGGAUUUUACCAUUGGAAGUUGUACAUAAUGGUUAUUUAUAUCUUAUCUUUUUCCUCUCACCAUCUCUCCAGAGACAUCUAUAAAGGCUCUUAUUUUGAUCAACUUGGACUCAUCAAGUUGAGUACUUUCUAUGUGGUGUUGGUACUGAGGGGAGCAAUUUGGUUUCCUGAGACAGGACUCUGAUGCAGGGGUCAGAAACAAUUCAAAGUGGUUUAAAUAAACAAGAGAAUUUAUUAGUUCAUAAAAAUGAAAAUCCUGUGGUAGGUGUAGCUUCCACAGGGCUAGAUUCAAGGGCUCAGUGUUGUUCUCCAGUUGUCUCUGGGUGACUUCGUAUGUAGAUGGACUUUCACUGGCGCUGGCUUGCUACAUGACAACUUGAACUAGUAGCCAGGCAGUAUGGCUUAUUUUGAUUGGCGAGGCUUUGUCAUUUGUCUAGUGUGUGGCAGGACUUAAGGUCAGCUUGUCUAAGUCACAUGGAAUAAUGAGCAAGGGAGUGUCCUUCCCUCUACCAAAAAACAGGUUUGUUACUAGACAGAAGUACUGGACUUAGUAGGCAAACAAACAGAACCAGUGAGAGUAGAAAGAACCUAUUUCCAGGGGAAUCUGAGGUGCAGAGAGUGGAGUAAUUGCAGCAACUCCUUCGUAAUGAGAUGGAACAAAUCUUAGUAAGAUCUUGCAGAGAGGGGGUAUUUUCUUAAAUUUUGAGACUAUUCUAAGACAGUUAAUCACGCAGCUAAUACUACUUCUAUCACAGAAAAUAUAAAAAGCCUCCAUCAGCCAAUUUCCACCAGUCCUCUUUCCCCAUAUUUUCUAGCGGGGAGAAGGCUGGGACAGUGCCCACACAUUUUUGGAAAUGAGCAAAAUCCUAGAAACUGAAGAAGAGAGAACAGAGAAAAAAGUAACAAAUGGAAUGUAGCAGCAAGUGAUCAAAUGAAGGGGUUCUUUGAUUAGAACAGUAGCCAAGGGAUCCACAUAUUCUUUUAAUUCAGUCAGCAGAUACCAUAUAUACCUAUGUGUACAAAUAAAUAGCUAUGUGUACAAAGUCUCCUUUCAGGUUUCACUAUGUUGAAUUUCUAUGUCAUGAAGAUUAAAUAUAGCAUUAAAGAAAAUGGGCAUUAAAACAAAAGUAAUAUUUAAAUUGAGGUUAAAGGCAGACAUCAAAACCAGCCCAUUAUUCCUUCUAAGACAACUUGAUCUUCAGAGGCCAGUCUUUGCUGCCUUGAACAGAGUAUGCAACCUGCCGAAAGAGCAGAGCUCAAUUUAAAAGCAAAGAUGGGGGGCUGGGGGCUAGCUCAGUGGUAGAGUGCAUGCUUAGCAUGCAUGAGGUCCUGGAUUCAAUCCCCAUCCCUCCACUUAAAAAAAAAAAAAAGGAAGAUGGGAAGUUGUGUUAUGCUCAUGCUGGUUUUUUUUGAUCAAUGGCUGCUGAAGGCAGGCAGUUGCAUCCCAUGGAUUCCCCCUUUGAUGUACUUCCUGGUGUCAGUGAUGUGUCACCUGUGGCAGAGUGUUGGCACCAUCACCGUACACAUCCAUGAGUCAUUCCAGGAAUAGUACCGACUGGAUGAUCAGAGAGUGAUGACUGGAGUUCUCUGAUUCACCACUGUAAGGGAAGAGUCCUGCACCCAAGUCAGCAGGCCCUUUAAAGUGCAGGCUGUGAUCCAUGGCUUUGCCUCACGGGAUGCUGCAGGCUGAGCCCAAGGUAGCAGCUGCUGGGGCAAGAAAAACCAUCUCAGAUGGUUAGCACUCACAGGGAAGGAAAGUUAUUCUGGUCCAUAUCCCUUCCCUUUAAAGGUGAAAGGAAGCAGAGCCCCAGAGGACUAAAGUGGAAGGCAUUCCCCAAAUGGUCGUUUUUUUUUUUCUCUUUUGGCAGGGCUUUUAAUCUUUCAGGCCUAGACUUACUGCAUUUACCACAAUGACAGUAGUGAAUAAAGUACCCUAAGUGAUCACUCCAAAAAAGCAAAAAAAAAAAAAAAAAAAAAAAAAAAGACAAAAAAUCAAAAUGCCUCCAAAUGCACAGAAAUCAGACAGCCUUGGUUCAGAUUUUGGUUCUGCUACUUACUCGGCCAAGUCACAUCACCUCUCUGUGCCUUAAUUUCCUUAUCUGUAAAAUGAGACUAGUAAAAGAACCUGCUUCAGAAGGUUAUGAGUAUUAGCUAAAUUAAUAAAUACAAAGCAUUUUAUAACAGAGUCUGGCAUAUAUUAGAUGCUCACUAAAUGUUUGUUCUCAAUAUUAUGCUAAAAGAGGAAAGCCUAUUUCAAGUUCAUUUCACAGAGAAACCAACUGAAGCCUAGAGAAGAGUAGAGACUUGCCUAGCAUCACACAGGACAUUCAGGGUCUUUCUUGAUCCUCCUGGUAUUUGGGACUCAGGCCCAAGAUUUAGCACAGGAAGGUCUCUCAGGGGUCAGGAAGCACAGUGGGCCAUGACCUCUCCUCUGCUCGAAAUCUUCCAUGAAUCCAAAUAGGUCUGGAUCUGACCUAAUAGCAUGGGACCAAUGUCAAUAUCCUGGUUUUGAUAAUGUACUGUGGUUACAUAAGAUGUUGUUAUUGGGGAAAGCUGGGUGAAAGAUACAAAAGAAUUUUCUAUACUCUUCCCCAACUUCUUGCGAGUGUGAAAACUGUUUCAAAAUAAAAAGAUAAAUAUUUAU